AUGGGCUCCAUGGCCAACAACCCCACGCCCUGGUGGAAGGAUGCCACCGUCUACCAAAUCUACCCCGCCAGCUUCAAGGACGGCAACGGCGAUGGCCUCGGCGACAUCCCCGGUAUCAUCAGCAAGGUCGACUACCUCGCCAACCUCGGCGUCGACGUCGUCUGGGUGUCGCCCAUGUACGCGAGCCCGCAGAUCGACAUGGGCUACGACAUUUCCGACUACGAAGCCGUCCACGCGCCCUACGGCACCGUUGAGGACAUGGAGAAGCUCAUCGCCGCCUGCCACGCGCGCGGCAUGAAGCUCAUCCUCGACCUCGUCAUCAACCACACGUCAGACCAGCACGCCUGGUUCAAGGAGUCCCGCGCCUCCCGAGACAACCCCAAGCGCGACUGGUACAUCUGGCGCCCGGCCCGCUACGACGCCGACGGCACGCGCCGCCCGCCCACCAACUGGCGGUCCUACUUCAACGGCAGCGCCUGGCAGUGGGACGAGCACACCCAGGAGUACUACCUGCACCUGUUCGCGACCCAGCAGCCCGACCUCAACUGGGAGAACGACGCCGUGCGCGAGGCCCUGCACGAGAGCGCCAUGCGCUUCUGGCUGCGCCGCGGCGUCGAUGGCUUCCGCGUCGACACGGUCAACAUGUACAGCAAGGGCGUCGAGCUGCGUGACGCCCCCGUCGUCGACCCCAACAACUACGAGCAGCCGGCCUGGUGCAUGUACGCCAACGGACCGCGCAUGCACGAGUUCCUGCGCGCCAUGAACACGCAGGUCCUCGACGCCUACGACGCCAUGACGGUCGGCGAGCUGCCUCACACCCCCGACCCGGCCCACGUCCGCCGCUACGUCGGCGCCGGCGACCGCCAGCUCAACAUGGUCUUCCAGUUUGACAUUGUCGACCUCGGCCAGGGCGCCGAGCACAAGUACGCCUGGCGGCCCUGGGCCCUGCCCGACCUCAAGGCCCUCGUCGCCAAGUGGCAGCAGUUCAUCGACGGCACCGACGCCUGGACGACCGUCUUUUGCGAGAACCACGACCAGGGCCGCAGCGUGUCGCGCCUCGGCAGCGACGACCCGCGCUGGCGCGCCGUCUCGGCCAAGAUGCUCGCCCUCAUGCUCUGCUCCCUGACCGGCACCCUCUUCGUCUACCAGGGCCAGGAGAUUGGCAUGACCAACGUGCCCGCCGACUGGCCCAUUGACGAGUACCAGGACAUUGAGGCCCUCAACUACUACCGCGCCCUCGAGGCCCGCCCCGGCACCACUGACGCCGAGAAGCGCUACGCCAUGGAGAGCAUCAACCUCCUCGGCCGCGACAACGCCCGCAUCCCCAUGCAGUGGGACGACACGCCCCACGCCGGCUUCACCGACGCCGGCGGCGCCAAGCCCUGGAUGCGCGUCCACGACCUCUACCCCGAGAUCAACGUCGCCAAGCAGGAGCGCGAGCCCAACUCGGUCCUCCACUUCUGGCGCGCCCUCCUGCGCCUGCGCAAGCACCACCGCGACCUCCUCAUCCACGGCGCCUUUGCCGUCCACAACGACGCCGACCCCCACACCUUUGUCUUCUCCAAGACGCACGGCGACCGCACCGCCGUCGUCGCCCUCAACUUUACCGCCGACGACAGGCCCGUGACCCUGCCCGCCGUCAAGGGCUUGCGGGCCGAGGUGGGCAACUAUGACGACGUCCGGGCCCGCGACGAGGCUGAUGUCGCCGGCGGCGCGAGGGUGCUGCGGCCGUGGGAGGGCAGGCUGUAUCUGCAGUGA